AUGGCCCUCGCAGCGUACCGCCACCUCCUCCGCGCCGCCCGAAUCGCCUUCGAAGGAGAUGCAUAUCGCCUCACAGCCGCUCGAAAAGCCGCACGCGAUGGCUUUGAAUCGAGUCGCGCUCUCAAACCCGACAGCGAAGAAGCGGUCAACAACAUCGUGCACGCCGAAGCGGUGUCGAAGUUCCUGAUGGAGAACUUGGUGCAAGGAAAAGCGAUGGAUGGCGAGGCGGAGCGAUACAAACUCCGGAUACAUGAGCGUACCGAGCGAGGGGAUAACGAGUCGAUAAAGUUGGCGGGCAAGAAGAAGAGCCACCCGACGAAUACCAAAGCAUUUAGAUCCUGA